GGAAAAACAAGGCCUUCAGCAACACCAAACUUGGGGCAUUUUUUUUUUCAUUGAUGUGAGAAUGGCUGGCUCGUUUGCUUCGACGCUCUUGCAGGUGGCGCCGUUGGCAAGCUCCUCGGCGGCGUUGAUCUGCUCCGUCUGCCAACAAGUGACCAUGGCCGCAUUCCUCGGCCAUAAGGUUCCGCCUCAAGCAAGACGAGACCUCUGGUACCCGUUUUUCGUCAACUACAAGAAUAUCGUCUAUGUUUCGAGCCCCAGCCAUCUGACAACAAUCACCACAUGCCUGCUCAACUAUUACUUUAGCAAUGCCCCGUCGGUCUGGUGGCUUGUCUGCGUGGCGUUCGUUGUCGGGCAUGCGCACCCUCUCCAAAAGGGUAUUAAAUUGUUGAGCCUCACGGCAGCCGAGUGGGAGAGCAAGACGAUGCCCGAGACGAGGGCAUGGUUUCAGGACUUUGUGGAUAUCAACCAAAGAAGGUUGCUCCUGGUCGACCUGCCGGGAUGGCUAUGCGUUGUCGCCACGGUGGUGACGGCUCUGCGCAGCGUCUGAGGAAAGUGUUGUGAGGGAAUUGGGAAACUGCAGAGCGCAAGUUGUCGUCAAAGUUUUGGCUCCCUGGUCAAUGGCAGCGUCGGGAUUCACAUCGCAAGACUCGAAGAUAUCAAGGAAAAGGUAUCAAGGGAAGGUAUUAGUCAAGUCAGCACAGCUGGGAGUACAUAGUGUGUAGAUGUCAUGCUGGAGACAUAGC